AUGUCGACUACGACCUACGUGACUGAUGAUUCGGGCGUGAAGUACAUUGCCAGCUCUCAGCGUCCCGAUGGCUCCUGGAGAAAGGCACGUCGGGUGAAGGACGGGUACACACCUCAGGAAGAAGUGCCCAUUUACAUGUCCAAGGGCAAGCUGAUAAAGCAGGAGCGAACUAAUGCGGGCAUUCCCGGACUCGGCUUCGUCGACAUGGACGUCCCCACAACUCAGAAAGCUCAAACUGUCGCUGUCAAAAUGAAGACCGCCACCUUGGAGCCGGAGACGAUAAUGCCGACGGCGAAGAGCAAAGCAAAGAGCAAGGCCAAGUCUUCCCUUUCUAGUACAAACAACAACGUCGAUUUGGGUGAUCUUAGCGACCUAAUCGACGACCCCAAUGUGAUCUACAGCCUGCCGCAGGGCGUGUCGCUGCAGCCAACCAUACGUGCGUUGCCCGACUCUAGCGAGUGGAAAACCGUCAAGUCAAAGAGCAACAAGAGUCAAAAGAAGAACUCCUUUAGCAGUGAUCACACCAGUGAAGAUGGGCCUGCUGCCAGUGCUGCUGCUGCCAAGGAGAACAUAAAGAGCACCGCAAAGGCCGUUGGUGGUGGAGGUGCUGUCUCCAGUAAUAGCACCAAGAGUGCACCAUCAUCUGCAUCCGGCAAAGGGUCUGCUUCAGCAGCGACGACCUCCACCGCCAACAACAACAGCAGCGAUGCUGGUCUGCCUUCCACCACCACUGAUCCAGUGAAGCGGUUACGAAACCUUCGAAAGAAGCUCAAGGAGAUUGAGGCGCUCAAGUCCAAGGAUACGUCCACGCUGGAGAAGGACCAGCUGGACAAGCUGGAGCGCUACACCGAGAUUGUACAGCAAAUUGAGCAGCUGGCAAAGUUGGUCGAACAGCAGCAGCUCUAG